AUGGAACAGAAGUUGAGACUUAUUGAUGAUGGUUCUACACUGGAGGAUCCUUCCUCCUAUAGGCGGUUGAUUCCAACUGUUGAAAGCAACGGAGUUGAUCUCAGCAGCAAGAAGGCAGCUCCAGUGACCAAGCGCAGAGUGCAGUGCAACCCACUUCUACUGGAAAACAAGACAUCCAUAAGAGGAGUCAUCGGCGAGCUGCUGAAAACGACCAAUGGGGAGAAGCCUCUCGUCUCUUUGGGCAUCGGCGAUGCCUCAUCGUCUCCAUGCUUUCAGAAGGGGAAGGAGCGGUUCGCAGCGGCCGUCGCUGAUGCCGUGUCGUCGUCAUCGUUUGACUGCUACGCUCCCUCCUAUGGCUUCCCCUCCGCCCGCCGAGCAGUGGCGGAAUACCUGUCAAGGGAAAUAGAGCAUGGGAUCAGGGAAGGUGACGUGUAUUUAACGGUGGGAGGAACGCAGGCGAUCCAUGUGUGCAUGACGGUGUUGGCCAGCCCUGGAGCCAACGUGCUGCUGCCUCAGCCUGGCUUCAGCCCCUACGUGGCUGCCUGCGAGCUCUACGGCAUCGAGCCUCGCUUCUACCACCUCCAGCCCCACCAUGGCUGGGAGCUCGACCUCGCCCAGGUGCGCUCGCUGGUCGACGUCAACACUGUUGGCAUUGUCAUCAUCAACCCCAACAACCCCUGUGGUGCCGUCUUUUCCUCCGAUCACCUCCACCAGCUUGCCAAAACUGCAAGAGACUUGAAUAUCCCUAUAAUUGCUGAUGAGUUAUAUGGGCAUAUGGUCUAUGGUGAUAGCAAAUUUGUGCCCCUGGCCUCUUUUGCUCAUUUGACACCAGUUAUUACCAUAGGAGCUUUGUCAAAGCGUUGGAUGGUUCCUGGAUGGCGUCUUGGAUGGAUAGCCAUAUGCGAUCCUAAUGAGACUUUUAAACAAGUCAAGGUGGCAAUUGAGAUGCUUUUGAAUGUAACAUCAGGUCCAGCUUCUGUAAUUCAGGCAGCAGUUCCUAGUAUUCUUUCUGAUUCACAUGAAGAAUUUCACAAGAAUGUCCUCGCAAUAUUGGGGUCCUCAGCUGAAACACUUCAUACAAGAAUUGAUCAAAUUGAAGCACUGCAAUGUUACUCAAGGCCUCAGGGUUCAAUGUUCAUGAUGGUUGAAGUCAACACAACCCUUCUAGUUGGCAUAAAGAAUGACAUGGACUUUGCUAGGGAGUUGAUCAAAGAAGAAUCUGUCUUGGUGCUACCAGGUUUUGUCAUUGGUUUGAAGAACUGGGUGAGGAUAUUCUUCGGUGUUUCUCCCGAUCUACUAACUGAGGCUUGCGACAGGAUCGAGUCCUUCUGCAAGAGGCGACACCCAUCAAAUUUGACCUGUUAAAGUCGUACAAAUUAUACAAGCCUUAUUUGCUCAGCAUUAAAUCCAACUUAAAUCCA